AGUAUCACAAUAGUGAAGCUUAAACGAGACAAUUUAUGAUAAUUCAGGUGAAUUGUACAGAUAACUUUGUUAAAAAGUGCAAUGUGCGUGUAAAAUCACUAUAAACAUACGUACAGCUUGCUAUGCCAAGAUAACGAUGAUUUAGUCAAGGAAGACUGUUAAUCGCAGUAACAUUAUUGAUUCCACUCAUUUUUAUUGUAAAGGUACAAAUGGUUUCAUCACAGGCGAAAUUUUCCCUGGUGAAUAGUUUUACUAUUAAACACGUCGAAGUAAAGGAGUUUAUAUCGCAAAGAACUGGCGUGAAGGUCUUCCUUCUAGCAUAUGAUACACCCAUUGUAAAUUCCUACUUUGUCAUUCCGACACAGGCAGAUAACCAUGAAGGUCUACCUCAUACUUUGGAGCAUAUAAUCUUCCUAGGGAGCGAACGCUACCCAUACAGAGGAACUUUGGACAUUUUGGCAUGCAGAGCACUGUCAAUGGGAACGAAUGCAUGGACAGCGACCGAUCAUACCGCUUACACAUUAUCCACCGCUGGCCUGGAUGGAACAUUGAAAAUGCUACCCAUCUAUUUGGACCAUAUUUUACAUCCAACACUCACCGAAGAAGCUUUCAUGACUGAUGUACAUCAUAUCACAGCUGAUGGUUCAAAUUCUGGUGUAGUUUAUUGUGAAAUGAAGUCAUGUGAAAAUACCGCUGAAAGCAUUAUGCACUUUGAAGCGCUAGACAAACUUUAUCCAGGGGACAGUGGCUAUAAGAUGAAUACUGGAGGAAGAUUGGAUGGUAUACGUUCUACGAAUGUCGAUAGAGUCAGAGAAUUUCAUAAAAAGUUUUACAGAUGGGAUAAUCUGUCCAUUGUGAUAUGCGGAAACGUCUUUGAUGAGUCCCUCAUUCUGAGUACAAUAGAAAAAACAGAAACAGAGAGUAUAGAAUAUCAUCCUCAGAAAAAAGCAAAGCAUGAUAACGAUGCUAAUAAACCGUGGAGUGAACUUAGACAUGUACAAAAGUUGGAGCAAUCCGUAAAAUCGCAAGUGGCCUUUCCGAGUGAGGAAGAAGAUAACGGAAAUUAUAGUUUGUCCUGGAGAGGACCUGCUUGGGAUAACUUUGAAUUAAUAAGAGCAAUAUCAUUGGUUGGGUCAUACUUGGUAGAUUCUACCACAUCACCACUGGAAAGGGCUAUGAUACAUAAUGGUGAUCCAUAUGGUAGCUGUGUAGAUUUUUCAAUGGAUUGCUUUAAAGAAAUUUAUUUCCAGCUAGUUGUAAAGGAUGUCCCAUUCAAGGACUCUGAUAAAAUGACAACCGUUGAAGAAAAACUGUGUAGUUCCAUAACUGAUGUUUAUAAUUCUCCUCUUGACAUGGAAAGACUUCACAUGUUAAUAGAGAGGGGUAAUAUGACCUAUUUAAGGCAGAUUGAAACAUCACCUCAUGAAACAUUAAUUGAAUCAAUAAUAGGAUAUAUACUAUAUUCUGAGAGCGCACAACAAUUGGAACAGUUGUUAAAUAGCACAGAGAUGGUUAAAAGACUACUAUCAAAGGAUGAAUCAUACUGGAAAGAUAUUCUUGAAACAUAUUUUAUUGAUGCGCCUAAUGUAUCAAUAAAAUGCAUACCUAGUACUAAACUCAGUACAGAGAUACAGGAGUUUGAAGAGGAACUUAUAAGGAAGCAAAUAGAAGAACAUGGCUUAGAAAAACUAAAUGAUAAUAAAACCCGUGUGGAAUCUAUGUUUGAGAAUAACAAUGGUCCUCCAAAGGAAGUAAUAGAAGGUUUUGGAUUUUGCAACAGUUCGAACAUAUCGCUACCAAAAUGGCCUCUACUACGCAAUUUCAAAUCAUCUGACCUAGUGGAUGGAGUUGGAAAGGGGGCUGAUGCUUCCUUUAACAACGUCUUGAUAUACAACAAGGACACUGGUAAAGGAACGAUUGAGGAUAUAGACUCUUUGGCUCAAGAGUUGAAUUUGAUCAAAUAUCCCAUACAAGUAAACCAUAUUUCAUCAGACUUUGUAAAAAUUUAUCUAUUGUUUUCCACGAUAGACCUGGAUUUGAGUUUAGAUGAAAAGAGAUUGUUAUUAAUAUUAUCAAUCUUGAUGUUUGAAUCCAAUGUAUCUGUGGAUGAUAAACUUGUGAAAGCUGAGGAUUUCAUACAAAUGCUUAUGGACAAUACCACAUCUUACGGUUCAAAUUUGGGCUUGAAUAGUUCUUCACUUUUACCUGAUGAAUAUUCUGGAUUCAUUUCGGUCUAUUUUACCAGCCCGGUUGAAAACUAUGAAAAAAUAUUGGAAAUAUUUUUCAAUAUUGUGUAUAACAUUGAAUAUUCGUCUGAAAUUAUUAAAAAUCACAUAAAUUCGUUAUUAACAUCAUUUUCCAAGAAGAAAAGGUCAGCCAAGUGUCUGGUGAGGCAGAUAUCCACCGCUUUACGUAUAAAAAGCGAUUCUGUGAGGAACACAUGUAGUCUAGGACAGCAAAAUGCGUUUCUUAAAUCAGUGGUUGAUAAGGAUUUGGUGGAAUCAUUGACAGCCUUACAUAAAAAGGUUUUUAGACCGGAAAACAUGUGUUUGCAUAUUACGGCUGAUUUAUCAAAGCUACCGGUUGGAUGGAUUAACUUUUGGAAGAACCUCCCAUGUUCAUCAAGUAUAGACAAGCCAUUAUCUGAUCACUUCAACUUUAAAUAUGGGACUGACAAAGAAUUCAAGAGCAAUAGUGCUAUACUAUCAUCAUUAGCGUCGACCGAUGUAACGUAUUUUAGAAUAACAAUUCCGGCACCAAUUGGAUACGACAAUCCAGACUAUAUAGCCUUAUCUGUGAUCGCAGAAUAUCUAUCCAUGGUAGAGGGGCCACUGUAUAGAGUUAUACGUGGAGGAGGGUAUGCAUAUAACCAUGCAGUUGUUUAUUUCCCUUCUCAAGGAGAGAUAUAUCUAUCCAUUUUCCAGGCCACAGAUUUGAUUCAGGCCUUGAAGGCUACACAGGAUGCAAUUUGUAAGAUACUUUCCCCAACAUCAGUACCAGAUGAUGAUAUAAUGGCAGCCAAGGCCUCCUUGAUUUUCAGAGUAUUAAGCAACGAGGAGACAUUAUCGGAAUACAGUCAAGAAACCUUUUUGUCUGCUUUGAGGCAGACAAGUAUAAACCAUAACAAGGAAGUUGUAGACAAGAUACAAGAAGUGAGCAUCGAAGAUAUUAAAGUUGCAACAGAAAAGUACCUAAAGGAAUUUUUGACCUUUGACGGUCCACCAAAGUCCAUAUCUUGCAUAACGAGCAGAGGCAGUGUUGAUGAACUCUUCAAGGGACUAAACGAUAUAAACUAUACUAACAUUUGCCAAUUGAGUCCCGAUUCGAUUCUACCGUUUUUAUCAAAUGAGACCGAGCAGAUAUAGGGUGGGCUUAUUAGGAAUGUGAAAUAUUUCGUUGAAAUGCACUCACACACUAAUUUUAACUUGUAAAUCAAUUCAUUGUGUGUUU